AUGUAUUCAAACACGAAUCUCGAAGCGCAUCAGUCUCGAUUGACCUUUCGCCGAUCAAGAGCCUUGGUACUGUAGAGAAACUAUUUCUGUUCUCUUCGUUUCUUCUCCUAGACACAAUGAGUAGUCUUGCACGCAAACCUCUAUUCCGUCCACAUGUGGAGUCAUGGCACUCUACCCCAACCAAAAGUGUCGAUGAUGCCUUUCGAUUUCAUCAAAGUCUACCAGAUUAUAAACCUACACCACUUGUCAGCCUCGCCAGUGUAGCCAAAGAAAUUGGCGUUCGAGCCGUCUAUAUCAAAGACGAGUCGUCUCGGUUUGGUCUACCGUCAUUCAAAGUUCUCGGUGCCUCAUGGGGUACUUAUCGAGCGCUGGCGGAAAAGCUGAAUCUACCGGUGGAUGCAGACCUUGAUACCGUCCGCCAGGCAGCAUCAACGCAAGGCAUCAAGCUUUAUGCUGCCACUGAUGGUAAUCACGGCCGAGCAGUCGCAUGGAUGGGAAAGUUGCUAGGACUUCCCUCAGUCAUUAUGGUUCCAGCGGGCAUGCAUCAAUCCACAAUUAGCUUGAUUGAGUCAGAAGGAGCUGAUGUGAUCGUUUCGCACGGGGAUUAUGAUCAAGCCGUCCAAGAGGCUUAUACUGCUGCAAAUUCCGAGGGGGGCAUCCUCAUUCAAGACUUCGCUUUUGGUGAUUACCAAGAAGUAGCUCAAUGGAUUGUGGACGGCUACCAAACGAUGAUGCAAGAGACACAGGAUCAGCUCCAGGGCGACAAGGCAGAUCUCGUUAUUGUACCGGCCGGAGUAGGAUCAUUCGCCCAAUCUGCCGUCUCUCAUUUCCGCCAGCCGGGCAGUUCGACCAAGGUCCUUACUGUAGAGCCAGAUACCGCAGCAUGUCUACGUAAGAGUUUUGAGAGCGGGAAAUUGACCGCGAUCUCCACAACGCCUACCAUCAUGGCGGGAUUGGAUUGCGGUACGCCCUCAUCGAUCUCUUGGCCAAUGCUGCGAGAAGGUGUCUGGGGAAGCAUCACGGUGUCAGAUUUUGAAGCGCAUGUGGCGACUGAUGAUAUCCAAAGUUUUGGUGUGUCUGCCGGCCCUUGCGGAGGCAGCACAUUGGCAGCACUGCGACGGCUCUGCUCUUCAGAUAAGACGAAACUGGGCCUUGAUCAUAACAGUGUGGUCGUAUUGCCAUGUACAGAAGGCAUGAGGGAAUACACCUUGCCUCUCGAUGUGGCCAUCGAUGACCCUAUAAAGCUCACCCAGCAGUUGGUUCAGAUAAAUUCCGCAAACCCGGGCAUGGGAAGUAUACCUGGUCCAGGAGAAACCGAACUUGCAAGAUAUAUUGCCGCUUGGUUAGAACACCGAGAUAUUGAGGCACACUGGGUUGAACCAACCAAAGGACGACCUUCAAUUGUAGGAGUAUCUCGCGGGACCGGUAAAGGCAAAAGCCUGAUGUUUAACGGUCAUAUCGACACAGUAACACUCGGAGGCUACGAGGGUGAUCCAUUAAGCGGCGAGAUAAAAGAUGGGAAGAUCUAUGGACGAGGGGCGGCUGAUAUGAAAUGCGGCAUCGCUGCCAGCAUGGUUGCACUCGCCAAAUCUAAGCAGCUUCGUCUUGCAGGAGAUGUCAUCUUUGCCGGCGUAGCAGACGAGGAGAAUUUGAGUAUUGGCACAGAAGACAUACUCAAGGCUGGCUGGAGAGCAGACGCUGCUAUUGUCUGUGAACCCACAAACCUGAGCCUCGUCAAUACUCACAAGGGCUUCGUAUGGCUUGAAGUAGACAUCCAUGGCGUGGCAGCUCACGGUUCACGAGCGGACCUUGGCAUCGAUGCCAUUACUAAAGCAGGCCAUUUCCUUGUGGCAUUGGACCGGCAUUCCGAUGAGCUUCGGAAAUCAAGAGACGACUCAUCUGUUGGACCACCUACAAUUCAUGCCUCCAUGAUCAAGGGUGGUGAAGAAGCGUCAUCAUAUCCUGCCAUUUGCACAUUGACAAUCGAACGUCGGACUCUUCCAGGCGAGACCUCCACACUCGUAGAGCAAGAGCUGCGCAACAUCCUUGAUAAAAUAAAGGGAAGUGUCAAAGACUUCAAUUUCGACAUCAGAGUAACAUUCGAACGACCAUCAUUUGAACUGCCCCGCGACCAUCCUUUCUGCAACAUGGUCAGCAACAUUCUCGGCCAAUCUAGUGGGGAGAAGAAGGAGUUUGAAGCAGUGCCAUAUUGGACAGACUGUGCUCUCUUGGCGGAGAAGGGAAUUUCAACCUUGCUUUGGGGCCCAGUUGGGGACGGCCUGCAUGGAAAGGAAGAGUGGGCUGGGGCCGAGUCUGUUAAUGUAGUCACAGCCGGGCUUACGUCUAUCGCGGAGGAAUUCUGUAAAUAG